AUGCAGGAACUGCACCACGUCCAGAUGUCCAUUUUGAGUCGCAAAGUCCAUGGCGUCGAUCGUGGCGCCUUCGGACCGGUGGUGGUGCAAGAAGGCGACGACGUCCAGAUGGCCAUGUUCCGCCGCACCGUCCAACGCCACGUGGGUGCACCCGCCGGCGCCGUGGGUGUGGAGAAAUGUCACCAUUUCCAAAUGUCCUCGACUGGCCGCGGCAUCCAUGGCAUGGGGGCUGCUGGUGUAUUGAUGACGUAUCAAGAAUUGAACCACGGCAAGGUGGCCGUGCUUGGCGGCGGCGUCGACGGCGGCGUGUCCUGCAGAUGGAGGAAGAUGCUGGGCGUUGAGAUGGAGGAACUCGACAAUGUGCAAGUGACCGAAUCGGGCGGCACAGGUGAGGGCUUGGGGGGUCACAAGGGAGUGGCAGCGGAUGCAGCGCUGGACCACGUACAGAUCGCCUUCGAAGAUGGCCACAUGCAGCACGAACCGAUGGUCAGACACGGCGGGAAGGAACAAAUCUUGCGUGACAUGCAUCUUGUCGUCGAAGAAACAUCGGUAGCGCACGGGCGCGGCGACGUUGUAUCGGAAGUUGGAGUGGGUUUGCACGAACGCCUUCCAUUCGGCAUAUCGAGGCUGCAGGUCCACAAACAGACCGCACUGGUACUGCUGGAUCGUCGUCAUAAGGGAAGGAUUGAAGAGCACGGACGUAAACGUCGUGUCUCUCCGGAGCAGACUUCGUCGAGUGAUACGUCGCUUUCGCCCAACUUGGUGGCGUGGUGGUGGGCGGGGGGCCAGUGCAGACGGAGAGAUUGUCGCCUCGUGUGGUUGUGGUUGAAGUUGUGUCUUCUUGGUAAAUAG